ACUCUUUUCAAAUUCCUCUUGCCCAUUCAGUUGGGACUUCUAACACAACUGGAACUUCAGAUCCUGAACUAGAAAAUAAAGUUAAGAAAGCUUCCGAAAAAAUUUCUGAGAAUUUGCAUAUAUUUGCUAAUGAACCUUCUUUAGCGUGCUACAGGCUACAAGAACAUAUUCACAAAUCUCUUCCUCAAUUAGUAUUAAAAAGGAUAGAAGUUAAUCAAAUGCAUCGCGAACUUCAAGGGAAGUGCUAUGAUUUAGAGUAUUCAAUAAAUGCCAUGAAAUCCAUGCAAAAAAGCCAUGUUCAUUUCCAAAACACCCAACAGUUGAUACUUCAAGCCAUUGCAGCAAAACAGAAGCUAAACAGUGAGGAGGCCAAAAAGACUGACAAAAAAAAGACGAGCAUGUAUCAGAGAUUUUCGGGCUCUUUCGACCUGCCGAGCUCAAUCUUGCCAACUGUUCCAACAGGCCUCAGUUCAUCCGCUUCUGUCAGUGCAGAUCUGAAGUUGUCUCCUGCACAAGCAAUCAAGCCUUCUUCGGCAUCGUCUUCUCCCAGGCGAUCGAGGGCGUCUUCUGUGUCUUCGGUGCCAACAAGGGCAGCGCUCACCAGGCAACAUUCUGCUUCUUGUUCACCCACAAAAAAAGAUCGUGUGUAAGUGCUUGUUCAUUGCUUUAUGUUCGAUGAAUAUUUAGACUGACUAUUAUGACUUGCUAAUUGCAAAUCGUAAAAGCUGAUGGAGUUGAUAAACGCAUCCUUGCCUGCCAUACAUAUGUGAUAGAUUAUUUUAUAUUCACAAAAGUUACUACAUUUUGUAAAAGUAUCUACUCAAUUUCAGUGAGUCAGAUGAGUUUCAACUGAGCUUGUAUAACAACCUAUAAUUUUUAGGUAUUUUUCCAUUAUAGGUACUACACUUAAUUCAUGAUUAUUUUAAUUUUAUUUAUUUGAAUGCUGUUCUUGGUCAGAGUUACAUAACUUCUUGUUUGGUAGUACCAGACAUUAUUUUGUCACUUUAAUCAAAUUUUAAACAAAGCAAGCUAUUAAACAAGAAAAAGAGCUCUUUUAGAAUAAAAAUUAAUCUGCCGUUUAGUUAAAUUAACCCAUUAAUUUAACUAAAUGGUUUCCAAAUCAAAAAAAGCUGAAUAAAAAAUGUGUAAAGGUUCAUCAAAGUUAUUCAUUGACUAAAUGAAACAACUUUGAAAACAUUAUUAAAUUUAUAAAGUAAUCUGGUAAAUAAAUAUAUCAAGUCUCUAAAAUGCAGUAAAAGCUGUUUAAAAUGUUAAGUAUAAGGGGCAAACUUGGUAGCAACGUAAAUCAGAUUUCUAUGUAUUCACUUUGUUAAAAAGUAAACAAGUGGUCACACAAGUGUAGUACCUACAAGAGAAAAGUACAGUAAAGUCCACGUAAUGGAAUAGCCAAUUUUCCUUGGAAAAUUACUGUAAUAAGCAGGAUAUUCCAUUGGGAUUAAAAUAAUCAACGGUUUGGUACAUUGAAAAUUAAGUGGGAUAUUCUUUUAACCGAUAUUAUAAUUAGCGGGCUUGCCUGUACCCAGUUUCAAUUCUUUCUGAGGCUCCUUUUUUAUGAACUUUCUGCUGCAAAUGCUAGCAGUUGUAUGGACAUUGUAAGAUGUAUAUAUAGGUUCUCACUAAUGUAAACAGAUGGAAAAAAUUCUUUUUUUGAACCUUAGUUUUAUGGAAUAAAAUUCAAAUACCUGAAUUUUGAAAGAAUCAGUGGAAACUACAUAUAGAGACCUAAUGGAUUCUAGAAUAUUAAAAGGUAUCGACUCAAAUUCAGAAAUUAUUGUUAUGCUAAGUAUUUUGAUAAUGAUGUAAAUGACAGCUUUUCACAUUGUCUUGUGAUAUUAUCGUGUUUGUCUCACCUUAGCAGUGCUGCAGAAAAUAUUUCUAAUUUAUUUUACUUACAUUUUCUUAUAACAUUUUUUUGUUAUGUUUGACAUUUGAGGUGGUGACAGCACUACAAUUAUCAUGUUUAUUUCUAUUGAUGUCUAAGUUACAAAACCUCAGUUUUGUUGGAAGAAAAAUUAGGCUGCUCUCCUUUGCCAACAACAACAUAGCGAUCAAUGAAAGCUAGUCAAAAUGACUCAUCAUUUUGAUGGUUUCUGCAUUGUCAUUGCAAAGCACAUAAUGCAGCUACAGGCUUCAAGUUUCAGCAACUGCUUUAAAAUGUCCUUAAAAGUUAAAUUUUUUUUUGGAAAAUCAAGUUUGUGUAAAAAUUUAUCAUCAUUUGUUUCCUGUUUGCAUUCGUCAAUAUCUGGCAUUAAACCCUCGAAAGACAUGUGUAUGCUGUUCUCCACAAAUCUGUGAUUUACAGUUUUAAUAUUUUCUUUUAACUUACAGUUAUUGCUUUGUAUACGGUGAUAGUCAUCAUUAAACAUCAAAGUUUCGGAACUUGUAACAUGUUUACACAUGAAAGUAAAUAUGUGGAGUCUUAUAAAUAUUAUUGGUAAAGAUUAUUAUUUGAAAAUGAAUUAUUUGCGCAUUAUUAGUACAGUAUACCCUCGUUUUACGUGGGGGUUACAUUCCAAGGAAAUGCCACGUAAAUUGGAACCUAAUAGUAGUGUUAAAAUAGGGGUUAGGUUCCGUAGAUAAAAAAAUACUUCAUUCUAGUGAUGACUAAUUGUAUAAUAAGUUUAAUGUGUACUUAUAUUGAUUUUUAUGCACAACAUGCAUAAAGAAAACAAACUAAUUUCAUGUUCUGUUUACAAAGAAGAGCUGGUUAUGAUAGUCUUUUGGUAGUCAUUAAGAAUUUUUCUCUGUCAUUCUUUGCAGAGCAUUAGUGCAUCCAUGAUCACUUGCGUCAUUUCCAUGAUAGACUCUUCUUUUACUAACAGAUCAGAGAAAUCAUUUCUAUUGUCUAGGAACGGCUCAAAAUUUUCAAUGUGAACUUUUUUGGUUGUGUGUCUACGAAGUGGGUAUCCUCGUUGGUUUUGGCCUCCUUUGUCACUCCUAAAAACUCUUCUUCCAGUGAGUUCGGAACUGUGUGAGUUUAAUCACUUUACUUCUAAAAAGAGCUCUGGAACCAAUCGCAUAAAUUGUCUCCAGGGUCCCAAGUUUGGUUAUUAGCACGCCAAAAUGCAGUUUAUUACAUGUAAUUUGCAAUCUUUAGGAGUUUGGAUUUUGAAAGAGAGGAAAAUGUUAUCUGUUUGCAUUGUUGCGUCCGCGUAAAACCGAAACUCAUCCACGUAAAAUAAAAUAAUGGUGUCAAAUCUUAAACCGUGCAUAAUCAAAACCGGGUAAAAUAAACCAGCAUAAAACGAGGGUCUACUGUGUUCAAAUUUUUAUAACAAUUCUAGUCAUUCAUUUUUGUAAGAAGUUUUUAAAAAAUAAAGUUUGG